GGCGGAGUAACUUUUUUUUUUUUCAAUUAACGGAAAGAGCCACCAGAUUGACCCUUUCACGGUUGACUCGAUCGAGAGAUCCGAUGGAGGCUGCAGUGAACUUGGUUAACGUGGACCUCAAGAAGAACCUUGCGAACGGCGAGCUGCAUUUGAGGAGGGUGCAUAAGCUCGUCCUCAGCCUGGGGCUCCUCAACAAGCAGAAGCUUCCAACCGGGCCCCGGGGUCGAGCUUGCACGCCGCUUCCUUGUCAGCUGGGCUCACCGAGAGCGCCUAAAGACCGUAUCCAGUAUUUGCAGAAGCAUUACGAACCGUUAGUUCUGGACGAGGUGGAACUUUUGGACUUGGACGCGACUGGAUUUUCUGAUCAUGAGACGUGGUUGUAUGUGCCGCCCCAAACAAAAAAGAACUCCCAAGAUCCUGUCACCCCCUUACAAUGGUGCCGCCAUGUUCUGGAGGCUCCCGAAUGGAAGGUAGCGAGGCGUUUCAUGCAUCUCCAACUGGAGUCUGCUUUGUGCUGGCGUCAAGUACUGUCCAGCCCUGGGCCCACUACCACCCCUCCGCCUCUCGGCAAAGUUGCGGUCAUGUCCCCCAUCAGCAGCCCACGGUCGCCUGAGACUCACGGUAACCCACAUGCUCACUCUCAGAGCCCCAGUGGGAGGGCAAGGACUCCCACCUUCAUCCCCCAUCUGACGCGUGGCAGCAACAGCAGCCCGCGGCGCCGCAGCAGCCCUCGGCUACAAGCGGACCUUGCCGUCGUCAUCCCUCCUGGGCCGGACGAGGAGGACUUGGUCCCUCAUGGCUACAAACUGAAGGAUCUGACUGAUGUGCAAGUGGUGGCGCGGCUGCAAGAGGAGAACCUCAGAGCUCAUCGCUACUUUAGCUUCAUUAACCCCUCCAGAACUCAGGCAAGCUUGCGCCAGCACUUCAUCCGCCCUGGCCACCCGACGCAGCCGGAGUGUCACCCUCCCGCUCAGCGCUCGCCCCGACCCGGAAGACGAAGCUGGCGGCAAAGGUCACCUCUACCCACAGCGCGCCCGCACCUUCUCCAGCGACCGAAACUUGCAAAGCAGAGGCAGCUUCCUGUCCGUACGUCCCUCCGCCCCACCUCGCCCCUCCGCAGGCCGAUUGCGGCAGCCUUUCAGAACAGGUCCAGAUAAGACCCAGAGCAGCUUGCCCAACCUUGCCCGAGUUCAAAGUGUCCCCAACGCUUCUUUACUUGCUACUAACCAGAACUUUGGUUCCCCAACCUGCUUGUCCUCCCCGACCUCGCCAACCUUGCGGCACGCCAGAGUCCAGAGCACGGGGAGAACAUCUUCACCAUCACGGCAGCCACCCAAGGCCAGCGCCUUUGGUUUACGUUCACCGGGCGGCGCCGACGGCACCAGCAGGAUCCCGAUGCGGAGUAAAUGCUCCUCCUACUGUAUGUCGGGCCUAAGCCCACCUUGGCCCGGCAAUAGCUGCAAGGUGGCCCAACCAGGGCACAGCUAUUGAAAUGCGGUGCGGUUAUUUUCCACGUGAUGCGUGGAAGUUACAGCACUCGUGUUCCUUUAAGUUUUUUUAUUUUUUAUUUUUUUUUGUCUCUGCCAAUGGAGAGUUGUCACUGCUGCUUCUGUGCACUAAACAACCUUUUAGAAUAUUUAAGAUCUAUUUCAAAGUGUGAUUAUUAAUAAGUUUUGACCCACUUUGGCAACAUAUGCCGACAAUGCUGCUAAAAUCUGAUGUCACUUUUUUAUAUUUAUCAAUGUUCACAUAAUGAUGUGAUUUGUGGUGUUAGUUUGUUCACCUCGUCUUAAUAUAUUUGUCUCCGUGUGGUUUUACACAAGACGCAUGCACACAAGUUUGUUUGGUCACACUUAACACGAUUUAUGAUGAUGUUCUGAUUUGCUCUUCACCCAGAUUGUCACGGUUAUGCAUAGUUCAAAGUAGCACUGCAGCCUUUGUUUUCUGUUUGUUGCGGCUAAUUUAAUUACUUUUCAUUAAAGACAUUGAAAUUCA